AAAAAGGAGGGAGGAGGGAUUUCACAGAAGUUUGACACGAAUGCACGUCGCAGGCGGGGACACGGCGGAGCGGUGCGGACCAGUGCGGGAUAAGUGAGUGUAGGUGUGCCGCCAGCCUGGCUUUGAAGUUUUUUUUUAUUUCUGGACGAACCCGGAGCCGCUCCUCCUCCACCCAGCAGCAGCGGGCAGCUCAUGCAUGCGCCGCCUGCACAGCAGCGGGUGUUUCCCGGACUUUGGCACACUGCAGGUCCCGCUCGGUCCGAGCCAGAUCUGCACUUUUCGGAGCCAGCUCCAGAGUCAGCCUGCGCGGUGCACGCCGGCGCACACAGCCUCUCCGGCGGGGAACUACAUCUGUGAGAGUCGGUAGCUCAGCGGAGCUUCACUUGUUAGCGGGACUGCUGGCUGAGCCGUCCCCGGAGGCUCGCUGUUGUUGUGCCAGUCUGCCCCCCGACGCUCCGUCCGGAGGGCUUUUGGCUCGGAGGGAUUUUCUUCAGCCCUGACUUGGAGCGGUGACAGCGGCGGGUUUAUCCGGCGGAACCGCGAACAAAAACCGUCCUGUGUGAGGACUGCAUGCGGCUGAGGCGGAUCUAGCCGAGCCAGACCACCACCAUGCCAGUGAGAAAGAAAGACGCACAGCGAGCGCUGCAGCUGCUGGAGCAGUACCGGGCCAAGCUGAACCACACCGAGGACCGGCAGCUCCGACACUCCAUCCAGAGGGUCAUCGACAUCUUCCAGAGCAAUCUCUUCCAGGCUCUCAUAGAUAUCCAGGAGUUUUACGAAGUGACCUUAUUGGACAGUCAGAGAUGGGUGGAGUCUUCCAAGGGGGCGGACCCCAUGGCGCCCGUCAACCUAUGGGACUUCUCCAGCCUUCAAAGUACAACGGUGACCUCGGACACGCUGCCCAGCCUUAGCACCAGCAUCGAGGACUCGCCCCUCCUAAACGAAAUCCUCCACACGUUGGCGCAGGCCAAGCGCCCGCCUGGCCGUGACGGACAAAAGUACAGGCACCACGAUGAGGACUCGUCCCCCCAGGACCAGAGCUCCCCCCAGCUGACGGAGGAGGCUGGGGGCCCAGAGCUGGUCCAGGUAGCAGAGAAGAACCUUUCCCUGAUCGAGAAUGUGCACGGCUACGUCACCCACGCUCACAUCUCACCGAUGAAGGUAGCGUCUCUGGAGUGCAUCUUUGACGGCUCAACUUUAGGACAGCAUCACCCGGAGCUCCCCUCCCCUACGUCCUCCACUCUCUACCCCCACGGAGAGGAAAGCCCCCUCCCCUCCUGCUCCUCCAACCCUUACCCCCCGAUCCAGCAGGCCGAGGCCGCCCCGCCUUCCUCACCCAUAAUCCCCGUGAUCCCAAUCUUGCCAAUCCCAGCCGAGACCACCGCCAUCCCUCCAACGUCACAGGCCAAUCCUCCGCCUGUGGUGGUCAACGCAGACAGCCUGGACACACCUCCAUACGUGAACGGGACGGAGGCUGAUUAUGAGUACGAGGAGAUCACGCUGGAGCGGGGAAACUCGGGGCUGGGCUUCAGCAUCGCAGGCGGCACCGACAACCCUCACAUCGGUGAAGACCCCAGCAUCUUCAUCACCAAGGUGAUCCCCGGAGGAGCGGCGGCGCAGGAUGGACGGCUCAGGGUCAAUGACGUCAUCCUGAGAGUCAACGAGGUGGAUGUUCGGGACGUGACCCACAGCCGAGCCGUGGAGGCGCUGAAGGAGGCGGGAUCUCUGGUCCGACUCUACGUCCGCAGGAGGAAACCCGUCUCGGAGAAAGUGAUGGAGAUCAAGCUGGUGAAAGGACCCAAAGGUCUCGGCUUCAGUAUAGCGGGCGGCGUGGGGAACCAGCACAUCCCCGGCGACAACAGUAUCUACGUCACCAAGAUCAUCGAAGGCGGAGCGGCUCAUAAAGACGGGCGGCUGCAGAUUGGAGACAAACUGCUGGCUGUGAACAGCUCCUGCCUGGAGGAGGUGAGCCACGAACACGCCGUCACUGCCUUGAAAAACACUCCCGACGUGGUCUACUUGAAAGUGGCUAAACCCAACAGUGUCUUCAUGAACGACAGCUUCGCUCCGCCCGACCUCACCAACUCGUACUCCCAGCGCAUGGAGAACCAUAUCAGCCCCCCCAACUUCCUGGGUCAGCCCGUCCCUCCGCCAGCAUCCUCGGGGCGUUACUCCCCGACCCCGAAGAGCACGCUGGGAGACGACGACGUCACCCGGGAGCCGAGGAAGGUGGUGCUUCACAGAGGAGCGACGGGACUAGGCUUCAACAUCGUGGGCGGGGAGGACGGCGAGGGGAUCUUCAUCUCCUUCAUCCUCGCCGGAGGACCUGCUGACCUCAGCGGAGAGCUGAGGAAAGGAGACCGACUCGUCUCCGUGAACGGCGUGGACCUCCGUAACGCCACCCACGAACAGGCGGCCGCCGCCCUGAAGAACGCCGGGCAGACAGUGACCAUCGUCGCCCACUACAGACCAGAAGAGUACAGCCGGUUUGAGGCAAAGAUCCACGACCUGAGGGAGCAGAUGAUGAACAGCAGCAUCAGCUCGGGCUCUGGGUCUCUGCGGACGAGUCAGAAGAGGUCGUUGUACGUCAGAGCUCUGUUCGACUACGAUAAGACGAGAGACUCCGGUCUGCCGAGUCAGGGCCUGAACUUUAAGUUCGGAGACAUCCUUCACGUGGUGAACGCCUCCGACGACGAGUGGUGGCAGGCGAGGCAGCUGACGGCACAGGGAGAGGUGGAGGAGGUGGGGGUCAUCCCCAGCAAGAGACGGGUGGAGAAGAAGGAGAGGGCGAGGUUAAAGACGGUGAAGUUUAACGCCAAGUCUCGGGACAGAGGGCAGUCUCUCAAUGACAAGCGUAAAAAGAACCUCUUUUCCCGAAAGUUUCCGUUCUACAAGAGCAAAGAGGCGAGCGAGCAGGAGACCAGCGAUGUCGACCGUAAGUACAAGCGCGGGGAGGCGGGCGGUCUGAAAGGAGGUUGGCCGGCGACAGGAAGAGAGAUCAGGUGGCGACGGCGUGCUGAGCGCGCGCUGGUCGUCACCGCUGCAGGGCGUGGCCGCGCUCGUGCGAUCUGAUUAGAAGCCGUUUCUAAAACCUGAAACCAGAGCCAACAUGGCCGCCCUGCAGCGGCGCCCCGGCGGCGUUCCCUCUGCUCUCUCAGUCUGUCGCUCUGUCAGUAACUGUGUCUGUGGUUGUUUUCCCUCCUUCCUUCACUCGGCUCUGCUGCUGCAGGACAACAGCGAGGACGUGCUGUCCAAAGGACACAGUAAGUCUCUCCCCAACACCCCCUCCCCCAAAACUCCCAUCAGCCUCUUCGGUCUCCACCAGCGUCCUCCGGAGAGCUCCACUAAAUAACCAGAGCGUACAGACGCCGCUCGCUCUACAAGCGAGUUUAUGAGUUGUGAGCACGAGCAUCCUUCCAUCCUAAAACCUCUGGGGGCGGAGCUUUACGCCGCCCGAUUUGUAUUCGAGGUUUAUUCUACUGGUUGUUUGUUUUGAAUUAAAAGCAGCUUCGUGUUUUAGAGCAGACGACUUUAUUUUGUUUGUUUUGUGAAGUAAAAUCAGACGAAGCAUCAACGACUCCUGAUCAGCCUUUGAUCAAAGUGAUUAUUCAGAUUUUAAAUGAUGUUCAUAAAACUGCAUAUGGGACCAAAACUAUCAAAUAAAACUCAGAAAACCACAAAAACCAGUCAAACACGUAACAGAGAACCAGCAGGUUCAAAGUUCCCGACUGACAGGAGCUCUGAUCCGGAUCAGUUUGUUAUAUUUCAUCCAGAACAUGAAGAUAAAAUCUCAGUUUUUCUUAUGUCAGUGUGUCGAGUGUCAGUGAAGGCUGCUGUCGGCAGGCCCGGGUCAGCGCGUUUAGUUUUAAUGCCGUAAAAGACGCUAAACUGAAGAGUCUGAUGAUGGUUCCUGGUGGAGUCUGAGACCCCUCCCCCUCCUCUUCCUCACCACAGACCCUCGUGGAUCCUUCAGGCCGGCGCUCUUCACUCUGGCCACGAGUUUCCGCUCUUCAUCUCUCACGAGACCUUUGUUUUUCUGUUUCAUGGCAAACGUGUACAAGUUACAGGAAGCUCUAAAAGCUGAACACGGCGACCGACACGAGCAGAUCUGAAGCCGAGCCGCUCGCUCAGUCAUCGGGAAAUAAACCCGCCCACAAACACGGCUGAUCGAUAAACCAGGGAACAUUUUUAGUUUUGGUUAAAUUACAGUUUAAAAUGUGUGUAUUCAGGUCUUGGUGGUGUUUCCAGAUGUUUCCAGAUGUUUGUCCAGCUGACGAUCUAAAGAAAACGUUUAAUAUCCCAGAAAAAAUCUGAUUUUAUUUUCUUAUCUGAAUAUGAUCAUCAGCGAGCUGAAAACACAGACUGUAUAUAAAGGAAGGAAGCGUCUUAAAGCUGCGUUCUUUUUAAUGGCCAGCAGGGGGCGAUGCUGUCCUGGUGAGUUUGUGGUCUCAGUCUUUAGUUUUAAGUCUUACUGAGUUAAAAACGUGAUAUUUAUUUAGUUAAUUUUGGUCUAAUUAAAAUGUUUAAAAGGUGAUGGAGGGGAAGUCGCUGCCCACUGAGUGCGCCGUGUCCCUCAGUUCCCUCCCUGGUUCAGCCUCAAUCGCUCUGCUCGAAGCAAACGGAUGAUGUCACGGUGGCUGCUUCCAUCGUUUAUAUACAGUCUGGUUUUAUCCACAUCGCCCAGUUUUCAGAGUCGAGUCUUUGAACGUGAAGCAGUUAUAUUUGGAUCUGAGGUCAGGGAAGACUCCUGGAAGUUUGGGAAAUGUUUGAAAUGUGUCCAUUAUUGGGCUGAAAAGAGUCGGACGGUGUUUGUUGCUGUGAUUGAUCUGCCGCCUCGAGUCCCCCUGCGUGAUCACGGCUCGGGGCAAAGCAUUGUGGGACGGCGAUGUGACCUGUCGUGUCCUGUUUGUGUUGUGAUUCCAGAACACGUGACGUCUAACGCCAGCGAUAGUGAGAGUAGCUACCGUAAGUGCCGCUCGAUGACUCGCAGG